AUGGCCGAAGCACAAAGGGACGAAGUGAUCGAAAGAGUGAUUGCAGUCGUCAAGCGCAGGCGCCAGAGGGAACAAGAACGAGUCGCCCGAGCCCUCCAAGUUCCCGCAGAAGAAUAUAGGGAGCUUCCUCCCGUUCAAAAACCUGUAUCCGACGACAAGCUGCCCCUACAAUCGACUUUCGACCUGGGCCAGUCAUAUGAUCGCUAUCGCUUGAUUUUUGAGAGUGCAUCUACAAUGCAACUCGAAAUUCCCGUCAUGCCAGUGGCCGAACCGCUUCAAGGGAUGCCUACCAUUCCGUGGAUUAUUGAAGCACCACUAAACUCGGUUGAAGUUCUAGAAGCAAUACUAAAGCCGUUACAUCCCUUCCAGAUCUAUACUGCCCGCCACGUCCAGCGUCGCUUUGACCGAGCACACGGCUCAAAGCGCUUGUAUUCCGAAUAUAUCCGUCUCCAAGGUCAGCUGGAGCGGAAUCGCGAGAUUUGGACAGGAAACAUGCACAUGUUGAUCUACAGCGUAAGGGCUAUCAUCAAAGAGAGCCAUACUUCGCUCAGUGCUGUCUACCAACUACCACUCUUCAGGAGACAAAGGGAAGCAGCGGCUCGUGGAGUAAAGGUUCGUGGAACAAAGGCUCGUGGAGCAAAGGCUCGUGGAGCAAAGGCUCGUGGAACUAAGAAGGGCAUUUGA